AUGGCGCUGUGGGGCGGCGGUGUCGCCCUCGAUCUGCCAGCCUGGCGCAGCCCCGCCGCCAUCUCCACUUUCCUCUUCCUCUUGGGCGUGUCAGUGGAGUGGAAGGGCGACGCGAACGUCCCAAAAAGCGGCCGCCACGUCCUGGUAUCGAACCACGUAUCUCCAGGCGACCUGCUGGCGCUCUUCAACCGGCCGCAGCGCUACGUGCACCUCAUCACGCCGCACCUGCCGCCCCAGGUGUUUGCCGCGCGCAACCUGCCCGCGCUCCUGCAGCCGGCCAACAAAGACACGUACGCGGCGCUGGCGCCGGCGGCGGCGGCAGGCGACGACAGCGGGGACGGCGGCGCCAGCAGCAGCAGCAGCAGCAGCAGCAGCAGCAGCAGCAGCGGCGGCAGCGGCGGCGGCAGCAAGCUACCGGCAGAGGCGCUGGAGGCGCCCGUGCAUCUGUUUCCGGAGGGGGGCAUGACUAACGCGAGCGGCAUGAUGGCGUUCUCCCGGGGGUUCACCAGAUUCGCGUCGGACGUGCCGGUGGUCCCGAUGGCGUUGCGCGUGAAGGUGCCCUUUCCGCAGGUCAAGACGCACACUUUGACUUCGCCAUUUGUAGCCAACCUUUUCUUCUUCGGCUGGCAGCCCAGUGGUUGA